UGAGCCCAGCGACGCCGGUGAAAGAUGGCGUCUCUUCUGCACCCAGAUAGAGUGCUCUAUCUGGUCCGUGGACAGAAAAGGAUUAGAGCCCCCUUAUCUCAACUUUAUUUUUGUCGCUACUGUAGCGAGUUAAGGUCGCUAGAAUGUGUGUCUCAUGAGGUGGACUCCCAUUACUGUCCUAGUUGUCUGGAGAACAUGCCGUCUGCUGAAGCCAAGCUGAAAAAGAACAGGUGUGCAAAUUGCUUUGACUGCCCAUGUUGCAUGCACACUCUGUCAACUCGGGCCACUAACAUUCCAGCUCCUCUGCCUGACGAUCCUACCAAGACAACGAUGAAGAAAGCCUACUACCUGGCCUGCGGCUUCUGUCGCUGGACCUCCAGAGAUGUAGGAAUGGCUGACAAAUCAGUUGCCAGUGGUGGAUGGCAGGAGCCAGAAAACCCCCACGGUCAGCGGAUCUCCAAGCUGAUUGAGUAUUACCAGCAGCUCGCCCACCGAGAGAAGCAGGAGAGAGACAGGAAGAAGCUGGCAAGGAGACGACAGUGCAUGCCCCUGGCAUUCUCGCAACACACUAUUCAUGUGGUGGAAAAAUACGGCCUUGGAACCAGACUGCAUAGGCAGAGACCUGGAGCUCCAAUAGCCACUCUGGCUGGACUUAGCCUUAAAGAAGGUGAGGACCAGAAGGAAAUCACAAUCGAACCCGCUCAGGCCCUCGACGAAGUGGAGCCCCUGCCUGAGGACUGCUACACCAGACCCAUCAGUUUACCCGAAGUGACCACGCUGCGCCAGCGGCUGCUGCAGCCAGACUUCCAGCCUGCAGGAGCUUCUCAGCUCCACCCCAGACACAAACACCUCCUGAUGAAGCGCUCGCUGCGCUGCAGGAAAUGCGAGCACAACCUGAGCAAGCCAGAGUUUAAUCCAACUUCAAUCAAGUUCAAAAUUCAGCUGGUGGCUGUGAGCUACAUCCCUGAAGUAAGAAUAAUGUCCAUUCCAAAUCUCCGAUACAUGAAGGAGAGUCAGGUGCUGCUAACCCUGACCAACCCGGUGGAGAACGUUACUCAUGUCACACUGGCUGUUUGUGAAGACGACGAUCCUGAUGAUGUCAACAGCACUUCCAAGGUUCUUGUUCCCAGUAAGGAACUGGUCUUGGCAGGGAAGGAUGCUGCAGCUGAGUACGACGAACUGGCAGAGCCUCAGGACUUCCAGGAUGAUCCAGACAUCGUCGCCUUCAGGAAGUCCAACAAGAUUGGUUUCUUCAUCAAAGUGGUCCCUCUGAAAGAAGAGGACACGGAUGUCACCGUUUCAUUUCGGAUGCGCCACGACUUCCGUAACCUCGCAGCUCCCAUCCGGCCGAGCGAGGAGGGGGGCGACGCUGCUCACGAGGCCGUUUGGCUCACUCAUCAUGUAGAGCUGAGGCUGGGGCCGCUCGCUCCCUGAGUGCAAAUAAAAUCCUUUAGCGUUCGCCAA